AUGGCAAUGCUAGAAAAAGAAAUGUCCCUGGGAUUUGAUUUUGUGGGGAGAGAACUUAAGGAGCUUAAAGGCUUGAUUAUCUCACUCUCUGCAAAUUUCUUAGUUCCUAGCACCUCAUUCAGCUUUAAGGACCUUUUUUCCCAUCCACCCUCUCCUUCUCACACUGAUCCUGAACCUUCAUCUUUCCCUAUUGUUCCUACUUCCACAUGUUCUGUUCCACCUUCAGUUUCACAGCCCAUUCCUCCUUCUACUAUACUUGCUCUCAUUCCAAUCCCUCAAGUUACUCCUCCUACUACACUAACACCUAUCUCUCAAGCCCUCUCUCCUAUUUCCCAACCUCCUCCUCUCCCUAUCCCUUUUACCUUACCCUCAUUCUCUUCUCCUCCCACUUCCUCCAUUAAUGUUGGCAAAAAGGGGGAGAAGAAUAGUUCUGACUAG